CACAUAGAGAACAAGUUGUGAUGGCAGGAGAAUCAUUACUGCAGCUACCUCCCUCUCACUCAUUCAGCCGACAGAUUACUGUGUGUAUUUGAAGAAUUAAUAUAAUUCUCGAAGAACAAGUGUGCGAAAUCUGAAAUUUUGAAAACAAAUGGAGAGAGAAAGCAUGGAAGAAGGACUUAUUAAUAAAUUCAUGAGUAAAGAUGACAUAAAAAUCAAUGACGUUGCGAGCUCAUCUGUCACCCCCCUUCUUCUCUUUAGUGCUGGUCUUUCUGGGCUUGCUGCUUUCUCCAAUGGCUGUGCUUUUGGGUACACUUCUGCUGCUGAAGCCGGAAUUAUGGAAGACUUGAAUCUAUCUAUUGCUCAGUUCUCUUUAUUCGGUUCACUCUUAAAUUUUGGAGGUAUGUUUGGUGCAAUUUCAAGUGGAAAGAUAGCAGAUCUCAUGGGCAGGAAACUUACAAUGUUGCUGAUGGACGUAUCACUUAUCAUUGGGUGGUCAGCAAUUAUUUUUGCCCAGGAUUCAACUACUCAUCAUCAGCUCUCAGAACCUAGAUUCAUGGAAAUGUUUGAGAAAAAAUAUGCUCGUUCGCUCAUUGUAGUCAUUGGUACACUAAUAUUAUUACCACUUGGUGGCGGCCAAGCGCUUGUGUUUUAUGCAAGCUUGAUUUUCAAAAAAGCUGGUGCUUCAGUUAUCGCUGGUACCACAGCAUAUGCAAUAAUUCAGAUUCCAGUUUGUGCAAUGGGUGCACUCUUGCUAGAUAGAACAGGAACACAUGCAGUUUUACUGGUAUCUUUGAUCAGCGCAUGCUUGGGGAGCUUUCUUGCUGCAUUAACAUUCGUCUUACAGGAUCUGAAUCAAUGGAAGGAGUUGACUAGCACAUUAGUGCUCAUAUUUGUUCUGGCAACUCUUUUUUCAUUAGCAGUGGGGGGUUCUGUACCGUGGGUUUUGAUGGGCGAGAUGCUUCCAAUAAACAUUAAGGGUUUUGCCGGAAGUUUGGGAACAUUUUCAAGCAUGUUUGUUGGUUGGAUUGUUAAUUAUGUCUUCAACUUCUUACUAGAAUGGAGUCCAUCAGGAACGCUCUUCAUUAUCGCAAGUUUUAGUGGUUUGACGAUUCUAUUUGUUGCGAAGAUGAUUCCAGAAACAAAAGGAAGAACAUUGGAAGAGAUAGAAGCGUCAAUGCUCACUUAAAUUUAUGUAUUAACAGUGAAGGGAUUAUCUUUUGUAUUAUAUAUGUUGCUGUUUCUUAUCUUCUAGAGAAUUUUUAUAUUAUGUCUUAAAAAAUGUAAUAACAUUGAACGCAGGGACAAAAGUAUAAGGAGGCUAACUUAUACCGAA